CAGUGAGCCAUGACAAGAUCCCUCCCAAGAAGAAGAAUAGGAAAGUUGAACCUCCUCACUCUAAAACCCUAAACAGAUUCACAUACACCAUUUCCACUCCUUCAACCACCACCAACAACAGAAAAAAAAUACUAUCAUCUCUUUCUUCCUCAUCAUCUUCUUCUCCUCCUCCACCUUCAAUGAUCACAAAUAAUGAAUAAAAAAUUAACAAACAAAACCCCGAAUCUCCUCCACUAAUCCGAAAAACAAAUAAAAUAAAAGGUUAAUUGGAAGAAAAUGAUAAGAGGAGGAGAAGCAACAGAAAGCAGUAGGUCAAGGUGCCAAGACUGCGGAAAUCAAGCCAAAAAAGACUGCGAGCAUUCGAGGUGUCGAAGCUGCUGUAAGAACCGAGGCUUCCAGUGUGAAACGCACGUGAAAAGCACGUGGAUUCCGGUUGCCAAGCGGCGGCCCAGGCACCUCUCUAUGCACCCGCACCACCAGAUUCCGCCCCUCCUUCCUCAACAGUUAGCUCUUGCUCCAAACCCUAAAAGAUACAGAGAAAUCCCUCAACUAGGGUUUGAGGAUGUGGGACUGCCGGCGGAGGCGUGUUUUCCGGCGGUGUUCCGAUGCGUUCGAGUGAGCUCGGUGGACGAUAAUGCGGUGGGUCAUCAGUAUGCGUACCAGACAUCGGUGAGUAUCGGCGGCCAUGUUUUCACCGGAAUUUUGUAUGAUCAAGGAGCCGAACCGCAGGGAACCGGAAACUAUGUAACCGGAGAGAACUCCUCUUCUGCUGCUGCUGCAUUAUCAGAUCAUCCUAAUUUUGUUGCAAGAACAACUGGUACAACCUCUCCUUCAUUUGCUGCCCCUUUUUCAGCAUUUACAAACACAACCUCACACUUUUUGCACUACCCCAAAUCUUGAUUAAUUAAACCAAAAUCAAUUGGAAUACUUAAUUACAUGUCUAUUUAAUUUAUAUGUAUACCUAUAUCUGAAAUAAAAACAGGAUGGGUGCGUUGUUAAUUCAAUUGGUUGUAUAAAUAAAGUUUGUUAAUUUUUGCUAGGAAGGGAAAUUGAAUAUGAUCUCCCUCCUCUUCCAUAUUUUAAUAGGCCAAACUCUAUGUAAAACUGAAAUAAAAGAAAAGGAAUGUUUUAUUUUAUUCUAAUGGGAAUGUGCCUAACAAAUUACUACUAUUGUUUUGUAUUUUCAAUGAAGAAUUAUUUGGUCUUGUCUGCUUUAAUUUUAACUUUGUGGUAUGCUCAUGGUUUGAAUUUUGUCUUGUUAUGAUUGUUAUAGUUAUUUAUCUUUGGUGAUUAUCAGAACAGUUGUUUUUGAAUCAUCAGUUUUUUGAACUUCAAAGCCACUUUUUUCCUGCUUAUAUGCUUCUUUGCCGGUUAAAUAUAC